AGCGCAUGCCCCAGCAGUUCAGAACGCCAUCUUGGAAUUUGAAUGUUGUGAAUUCGAAAAUUGGUUGUGCAGAAAAACUGACGAAAAAACAGUCCUGUAGUUCAUAGACGGUUUCGGAGGCCACCUUUGGUUCGAGGAGGCUUUGUAUUUUCGACUCAAGGAGAACCUGAUUUGAACCAUGAGUACUUACCAGAUGAACUCAGGAGGGGGAGGCGGCAACACCAGGAUGAUGAAUCAAGGAGGUGGAAAUUACAUGGAUCUUCCUGACAUGCGUGAAAACAAACAACAAGAGACGAUGAUGUGGUCACAGAACACCUACAUGCAGGAUUCUGGAAUCCACUCGGGCGCCACCACCCAAGCUCCGUCAAUCAGCAGCAAGGGAGGCGGAAUGAAGGAUGAGAUGGAGGAGCCGACCGCCACCCAAGACAACAUGGAGACCUCCAGGAUGAUGUUCGACUGGGACCAGAGCUACAACCCUGGUUACACCCAGGAACAGGUUGAUGAGGUGAGUCGUCAGCUGAAUCAGACACGUACACAGCGUGUGCGGGAUGCCAUGUUCCCAGAAACCCUGGACGAGGGCAUGCAGAUUCCAUCCACACAGCUUCAUCCCGAUGAGCCUACAGCGGUACAGAGACUGGCAGAACCAUCACAGAUGCUGAAACAUGCCGUCAUUAACCUGAUCAACUACCAGGAUGAUGCUGAUCUUGCCACAAGGGCAAUCCCAGAACUGACCAAGCUUCUGAACGAUGAAGAUCAAGUUGUGGUCAGUCAGGCCGCCAUGAUGGUCCAUCAGUUGUCCAAGAAAGAGGCUAGUCGUCAUGCAAUCAUGAACUCGCCACAAAUGGUGGCGGCUCUCGUCCGCGCCAUGAGCAACACCAAUGACAUGGAGACAACCCGGUGUGCAGCUGGCACACUCCACAACCUCUCCCAUCAUCGACAGGGACUGCUGGCCAUAUUCAAAUCUGGUGGAAUACCGGCACUUGUCAAGUUACUGAGCUCGCCCAUUGAAUCUGUCCUAUUUUACGCCAUUACUACACUGCACAACCUUCUCUUGCAUCAAGACGGAUCCAAGAUGGCGGUUCGACUAGCAGGAGGUUUACAAAAAAUGGUUGCAUUGCUUCAGAGGAAUAAUGUAAAAUUUCUAGCUAUCACCACAGACUGUCUACAAAUUCUGGCCUACGGCAACCAGGAAAGCAAGCUGAUAAUCUUGGCAAGCGGAGGCCCUGGCGAGCUUGUGCGCAUCAUGCGUUCAUACACAUACGAGAAACUGCUGUGGACCACAUCACGAGUCCUCAAAGUUUUGUCUGUCUGCUCCAGUAACAAGCCAGCUGUGGUUGAAGCUGGAGGUAUGCAGGCUUUGGCCAUGAACCUUGGACACCAGAGUCAGCGCCUUGUACAGAACUGUCUCUGGACGAUCAGAAAUCUGUCGGACGCCGCCACCAAAUGUGAUAACCUGGAAGGACUUCUCAAGAUGUUGGUACAUCUCCUGUCGUCCAGUGAUCUCAACGUUGUCACAUGUGCAGCAGGCAUUCUCUCGAAUUUGACCUGUAACAACCAGAUGAACAAGGUGAUCGUGUGCCAGUUAGGAGGAAUCGAGGCCCUCGUACGAACCAUCUUACAGGCUGGGGACCGCGAGGACAUCACAGAACCAGCAGUGUGUGCCCUGCGCCAUUUGACAAGUCGCCAUCAAGAGUCUGAGAUGGCCCAGAAUGCUGUGCGUUUCCACUAUGGUUUACCCGUCCUGGUCAAACUUCUCCACCCACCAAGCCGCUGGCCUCUGAUAAAGGCAGUAGUCGGCCUUAUCAGGAACCUUGCCCUGUGUCCGGCCAACCAUGCCCCUCUCAGGGAACACGGGGCACUGCCUCGUAUUGUCCAUCUGCUGAUCAGAGCCCACCAAGACACACAGAGGAGAGCUUCUAUCAGUUCAAAUGGUCAGGGUUCUGGAUACGUUGACGGAGUAAGAAUGGAGGAGAUUGUGGAGGGAACUGUUGGAGCUUUACACAUCCUUGCCCGCGAGGCUCACAACCGUGCUGUCAUCCGAGGACUAAACUGUAUCCCACUGUUUGUACAGUUGUUGUACUCGCCCAUUGAGAACAUUCAGCGUGUGGCAGCAGGAGUCCUGUGUGAAUUAGCCGCUGACAAGGAAGGCGCAGAGCUCAUAGAACAGGAGGGGGCCACAGCACCUCUCACAGAACUGCUCCACUCCAGGAACGAGGGUGUCGCCACAUAUGCUGCUGCAGUCCUGUUCCGCAUGUCCGAAGAUAAACCCCAGGAUUACAAAAAGAGACUUUCUGUUGAAUUGACCAGCUCUCUAUUUAGAGGGGACCAGAAUAUUGCAUCCUGGACUGAGCCUCCAGGUUUUGACGACGUUGGUAUGAUGGGACAUGACGACUCCUACAGAGACCAGAUGUAUCAGCCUCAGCACCAUGGCAGCCAGGGCAGUAUGCACAGUGGUAGCCAGCACGACAUGAGUAGGGGUUACGAGCCACAGGUGCCCACAGACUCCAUGCAGGGACUUGAGAUCGGCAGUCACCACGGUAGCCAAUAUGGUGGUCCCAUGGACAACAUACCUGAUCUUGGGGCUCCAACACAAUCUGGAGAACUGAAUUUCGAAACCCUUGAGCCUUCUCUGCCCCCACAGCAAGGUGGUAGUCAGGGAAACAUGGACAACUGGUACGACACAGAUCUGUGAGGCAUGACAAGUCAUUCAAACCAGGAAAAACAUGAACAGUUUGACAGGUCGUCUGGGUCAAAGUUUAUAUAACACAUGUGUGCAGCCAAAAGCUUGGACAAAUAUACUAAAACCCAGAGACCACGAGCGGAAUUGGAUGAUCCCAUUUCUCCACCAGUCUUUUGUUUUACAAAAUUCAUCUUGUGGUUAUGUGUUUGUAAAAAAAUCUGCUGCAUGAUUGUUUAAGAUUUUUGGAGCAUAUAAACAGACAGUUGGUUGGAUCUGAACACAGCCCAAGGACAUUUUAGGAACUGUGCAGUCUUAAGGCUAUAUUCUUAGACAAUUUGUAUUUAAGAAAGGAUUUUAAUUUACAUACAGUUUGUUUUUAUUGAGAAUGGUACAAAGGUACUCUUGGUAUUUAAAAGAAGACUGGUUUUUAUUACACAGCGAAAUGGACCUAUGAGGAAAAUUUGUAUUCAGAUUUUACAAGUAAAGGUUGUCCUUAACAACAUAGUCGAGACGAUUUAUAAUCUACAUGUCAUAGUCGUGUUUCUAUACAUUUAAUAUGUCAUUACUUGGAUAUUGUUUACAUAAAUCGUAAAUUAUUCAUCUUGGGUAAUAACCAAAUAAAAAAAACGCCACAUUUUUUUUUACUCAUCAUGUUUCAUAAAUGUCUCUGUAUAUUUCAUCAGGUCUCUUCGAAAGCUUUUUCUCUUUUUGGAAAUCAAAUUAUUACUUUUUCCAAAUUUUCAAAGUGAAAGUAAAUUUAAUGCAUCUAGAUGAACUCAUUGAGUGUGUUUUAGACCAUGCAGUUUAAAUAGGAUCUAGACAACAUUUUCAGUCGUUUAAAUCAGUAACAUUGGUUUGGGUUAAUAAUUCACAUUGAAAUUGUGAGGGUAAAAAUAAACAUUGAACACUGAGAGACAUAUUGAAGGACACAAGCUGGACCAGAGGUUAUUUGUAAAUAUUCAGUCAUUCCAAUUCGCAUCCAUCCAUCAUACAACAAAAAGAACACAUCACAAUAUUUUUUUGAAAUUUAAAUUUCAUUCAUUUAAAUUCAUACUUGGUAUUUAAAAACAUUUAAAUUGAUGACUAUUUAUCAAAAAUUAUUCGAAACAUUUAUAAUAUUUGGUAAGACAGGCAAAGGUCCAAUAAGUUAUUAAACUUUAUGAAGCUGUGUUGAUGCCAGUCAUUUUAUCAUCAAAGAUUUUAACUUAAAUGUUGUGAUGUGAUUUUAAAAUUUCGUUUUUAAUCGCAUGUGCCUACUGAACAAAAUCGUCUGAGCCCUACAUAUCAGAUUACCAUAUUUAGGCGAGUAUAUCCAUCCAGCUAGUUAAAUCAUGUCAUUUUGGUAUCAUAUUACACCCAUCUGUCAUAGUAUUGUACAUAUAUUUCUGUAAUUAUUUUCGAUAUGUUUUCUGUCUUUACAUUUUAGUUAGACUAUAUUAGACAUAGACUUUGAUUUUUUUACAAUUUCUCUCUUUCUCAGCUCUUCAUUCUGAUUCGUAGACAAAUUUAGACAGAUGAGAUGAAGAUUGUUUCUGCAAUAUACCAAUGCCGUCGAUCCUUAUUGAAAUAGAAACUUGUAGAUCAAGUCACAUGUAGAAAUAGUUUAUACGCAUGUUCUAUUUAAUGAAAUAAAGAUGGCAUUUUUGUAAUAAA